AUGCCAGACCCCAAGCCCUUCCCGCUACACAUAGGCGUCCUAGUAGUAGGGGGCAUUCAACUCCUCGACCUCUCCCCCAUAGAUCUCUUCGCCAUGCUCACAACUGAUUACCUUAAAGCCUGCAACCUCCCUCCCGCGAUAACCUCGCACGGCAUCCCAUCCUCGGAGCUGAAGAUCACAUACAUUGCUUCAACCGGUGCCGGCUCUCUCGCGCCCACAACCCCGAAUCUGAAAUUCCACAUCGAUGCUGGAUUAGAUGAUGAGAGUGUUAAACCCGGGAAACUAGAUAUUUUGAUGAUCCCAGGACCGGAUCCAAAUAAGGUGCCUGAGGAGCCUGCGUUAGAGUUUUUGAGGAAGCAUGUGGAGAAGGGGGUUGAGGUUUUGACGAUUUGUACGGGGAUAUUCGUAGCGGGACAUGCAGGCAUCCUCGACGGCAAAAACGCAACCGGGGGCCGCGAGAUUGUGGAUAUGAUGCUGAAGAAACAGUUUCCAAAGGCGAAAUGGCGAGACGAUGUACGAUGGACUACGGACGAGAAACUCUGGACUGCUGGCGGCAUAACAAACGGCCAAGACAUGGUGGCCGCAUACAUCCGCAAGCGGUGGCCUGGCACACUCUCCGAAACCGUAUGUAAGCUGGCGGACGUCGGAGAUAGAGGACAGUACUAUCCC